AUGUCUGCGCCAAGUGAUCCAAAAGCGCCUGCUCCAGAAUCUCCCACGACGGCCCGGCCCCUGGAGAUGGAUGACGACGACAUCACCGAGUCCAACAUCGUCCUGAGCAACAACGACGAAUCUACAUCGAAGCCAGCCACCGCCGACAGUAACAGUCCCAAACCCGCUGUGGCUGCCAUUUCCAGUAGUGUAGACAACGACACAGCCGAAGAACCGGCACCGCCGAAGCCGCCGCGCCCCAUGACCGAACAACAGAAGAGCGAGCAGACGCUCAAGGAUGCCUUUCCGACCGUCGAGAUGCCCGUCGUCAGGGCUGUGUUGACGGCCAGUCGCGGGAACAUCGAGGCUGCUUUCCAUGCUCUCCUGGAAAUGACCGAUCCCGCUGCCAUCGAGCAAGAGGCACCGCCGCCGCCGCAGCCUCCCCGUCCUGCAGCGUACGGCCGCCUCUCCCCCAAUAGCCAGCUGGCUGCCGACGAGCAGUACGCGCGCCGCCUGGCCCAGCACUACGAGAGCGAGGGUGCCUAUGAGAGCCGUACGAGCAGCUACGGUCCGCGCUCGGGCAGCCGUCGGGGCGAUGGACCGCCGUAUCCGCCACGCCCGCGCCCGGAGACCGGACUCAACCCCAACGAGCUAUGGGACGACCGUGAUCGCAACUUCCUGGACGACGAUCUCCCCGUCAUCCGCGAGAACCUGCGCAAAGGCUUCGUCGAGACCCAGGCCAAGUUCAGCACCUGGUUCACCGGCAUCAAGAAGCGCAUCGACGAUGAGUUCAACGGCCCCGAGGACGAUGACGAAGAAGGUCACCCAGGCAGCGCCCAGGGUCCACGGCCGCAGGGCCGACCAGGCGGACCGGUCGGUGGCGGUCGUGGUGGCUAUGGCAAUUAUCCCAGCCGGCAGCGAAGCCAGCGCAGCGGCGACUACGAUGCCGACCCAGAGCUGCUGUCUGACGACUUUGCCGGCAUCAAGCUUCACGGCGACGGCACCCCCGUGCAGGCGAACAACCCGAACGCGUUCCGGCCACCACCACCGUCCACGUCGCCCCGUCCGGGCUCCGACCGCAAGGUGGCCUUCCGCGGCAACGACGAAGUGAUCGACGUCUACAGCGCGUCGCCCCGGAUGUCGGCAAAGGACGGAACAUCGCCCACGGGCGCCGGCAGUGCAAAGGCCAGCAAAUGGCAGCCCUUGUCGGCCGUCGACCCGGCACCGAUCGGGGAUGCCGACCCGUUCAGCCUGGGCGACAGCGACGACGAGAAGGAUGUCAGCCACAACAUCAGGGGACCGGCUGAGGUAGCCGAGAAGACGGACAAGUCAGCCACAACGACCUCUGACGCGGUGGUCAGAAAAGCAUCCUCGUCGCCAGAAGACGCAGAGCGGCUGCGCAAGGCCGCAGCUGAAGCAAUGGCAGACAGCCUGGUGGAGGACAAGCCGAAAGCGUGA